AUGGUGCAGGAGUAUGGACUCAUGGCAAUUCAGCAAGUGAGCUUUGGGAAAGGCUCACUUUCCUUGCAUGGAAUUUUGCCUGGAUGUUGUGGCUCCAUGAUGGCCAUGUGUCACCGUGUUCCCAGGCAAGGAAAUCUGACAGCCCAAGAAUCACCUGGCAUGAAGGUAAUGAUACUGUGGGAUGCAGAGGAAAGAAGCUCCAGGGCUUUGCCUCAUAUUGCCAUGCCACCUCAGUCACAGCUAUGCCCAGAUAUCCCCUCAGGCAGCAGAGCGGUACCUGCAAAAGCCAGGCUGGAUUGUGUCCCCUCUCUUGCUAUGAUCUCCACACAGUAGCCACCAUUCCCCAACAAAAUUCAAAGAAUAAUGGACAGCCAAACUGAGGAAGAAGAAGCCUGUGAAGAGCAAUACGACUCUGACAACUGCACUCACAGCGCCAAGCGUGCAUCACCAACAGCAGAAUCCAAUUCAGAUUCACCAGUGACUCUUAAAAUACUACAGAACUGGGUUCCCAAAGUCUCCCACUACUUUGAUAAAGAGCACUAUACUUACGCAGGCCAUCAGAUCGUCAUUCAAGAAUCAAUAGAACACUUUGGUGCAGUGGUGUGGCCUGGUGCACUGGCUUUAUCUCAGUAUCUGGAAUCAAAUCAAGAACGAUUCAAUCUCAAAGACAAAAAAGUUUUGGAAAUUGGUGCUGGAACAGGCUUGGUUUCUAUUGUAGCCUGCAUCUUGGGUGCUUAUGUUACAGCUACUGAUUUGCCUGAAGUUCUUGAAAAUCUCUCAUUUAAUAUUUCAAAAAAUACACGAGACAUGAAUAUACACAAACCUGAAGUGAGAAAGCUGGUAUGGGGAGAAGGCCUAAAUGAAGACUUUCCUCUAUCAACUUACUGUUAUGAUUUCAUUUUGGCAACUGACGUUGUAUACCAUCACACAGCUCUGGAACCCCUGCUAGCAACAAUGGCAUAUUUUUGUCAGCCAGGGACAGUAUUAUUAUGGGCAAAUAAAUUCAGAUUCAGUACUGACUAUGAAUUUUUGGAAAAAGUUUGCAAUAUAUUCGACACAACCAUUCUAGCAGAAUUUCCAGAAUCAAAUGUCAAGCUGCUUAAAGCCACAAUGAGAAAAAAUUGA